GAUUGACAGUGUGCUGACCUGUCCCUCUGACUCCCUGACCCCGACGUCCCCUGACUCUCCCCCGGGACACCCGCUCCCUCCGCCCCCGGAGCCGGUGAUGGAGAAGCUCCAGGACGUGCGGCUCGGGCCCUGUAAGGAUUCCCGCUUCCUGCGGCCGCAGCGGGUUCACUUCACCCAGAAUGGCACCAGGAAGUACUGGGAUUUCAUGAAAACACACGACAGUGUCUCAGUCCUGAUCUUCAAUUCUACACAGGAGUCCUUUAUCCUGGUCAAGCAGUUCCGCCCAGCUGUCUACAUGAGUGAGUGUGCAAGGCAAGGGUUGGUACCACCCGAUGAGACGACUGAAGAUGAUUCUUCUCACUCAGUCAAACUCCUGCCUGCGUCUGUUGGCGUGACCUACGAGCUUUGUGCUGGAAUUGUCGAUAAGCCAGGGCUUUCUCUGCAGCAAAUAGCCAAGGAGGAGGUUUUGGAGGAAUGCGGCUACAAUGUGCCAGUGGAAAAGUUGCAGAAGAUUACCUCAUACAGGUCCGGUGUUGGGGUGACAGGAUCCAAACACACCAUGUUUUACGUGGAGGUAUCAGAUGAUCUACACGUAGGAUCGGGUGGAGGGCAGGCCGAGGAGGGAGAGCUGAUCGAAGUGGUUCACGUGCCCCUGAAAGACUGGCAAACAUUUGUAUUUGACGAGUGCAUCCCCAAAACAGUGGGUGUGAGUUUUGCUUUCAUGUGGUUUCACAACAGCAUCGCACCUCAACUGCAGGGCUCCAAGUGCCUGGCGUCAUCCUCUCGAUGAGGAACCACUCUCUCACCAUGAGCUUUGAGACUACAGUUGAGUUAGUGUAAACUCGGGCAGAAUCAGUGCCAGAAGUUCUGUCAAACACAAACAGUUUCAGGGCUGAUCAAAUGUAAACGCAAAGAUCCACCUUCAGGCAUUUCUAUAGUUGUUCAUCUUCACUUCUGAUUGACUUUUUCUGAGGAAAACGGGAACAGCAGUUGACCGUUCAGCCCAUCGAGCUUGUCCCACCAUUGACCAUGAUCAUGGCUGGUCAAACACUUUAAUGUCUUUGACUCUACCUUAUACACACUCAGAACCUCAGCAGCCACGGCCCUGUGUGGGAGAGAAUCCCUCAGGUUCACAACCCCAUCACAAACUAUUUUCCUCAUCUUGGGGCUAAGUUCACAUUCCCCCUUACUUUUAAAUUGUGCCCCUGGCUCUAGACUCCCCAACCAGGGGAAACACUUGCAUCUAAUCUGUCUAUCCCUUUCAGUAUUUUGUGAACUUCAUUUAAAGCACCUGUCAUUGUUUGAAACUCUCGAAUAUUAGAUUAGAUUACUUACCAUGUGGAAACAGGCCCUUCGGCCCAACAAGUCCACACUGACCCACCGAAGCGCAACCCACCCAUACCCCUACAUUUACCCCUUACCUAACACUGCAGGCAAUUCAGCAUGGCCAAUUCACCUGACCCGCACAUCUUUGGACUGUGGGAGGAAACCGGAGCACCCGGAGGAAACCCACGCAGAGACGGAGAGAACGUGCAAACUCCACACAGUCAGUCGCCUGAGGCGGGAAUUGAACCCGGGUCUCAGGCGCUGUGAGACAGCAGUGCUAACCACUGUGCCGCCGUUCCGCCCACCAGCAGGUCCAGCUUGUCCAAUAUCUCUCUCUCCACAGGGCAGUCCUGCCCUCCCAGGAACAGGACUGGCUGGUGAACCUGUAUUGUACUCCCCCAAUGGCAAUAUUCUCUUUCUUGAGAUAAGGACACCAAAACUGCACACAAUGCUGCAGGGGUGGUCCAAGCAAGCUCCUGUAGAAUCUCAUGAGUUCUUUAUGAUAUCUUGGGACGGCAUGGUGGCUCAGUGGUUAGCACUACUGCCUCACAGCACCACGGUCCCAGGUUCGAUUCCAGCCUUGGGUGACUGUCUGUGUCCAUUAGCCCUGAUUGGAGUUUGCACGUUCUCCCCAUGUCUGCGUGGGUUUCCUCCAGGUGCUCCAGGUUCCUCCCACAGUCCAAAGAUGUGCAGGAGAGGUGAAUUGGCCAUGCUAAAUUGCCCAUAGUAUUAGGUGCAUUAGCUAGAAGGGAUUGGGUCUGGGGGGGUUACUCUUUGGAGGGUUGGUGUGGACUUGCAGGGCCGAAGGGCCUGUUUCCACACCGUAGGGAAUCUAAUCUAAUCUUUGAGGGGGUUGUGAUCCUGUUAAAGGCUCUUGGUUAUUUCUAAUCAUUUGUGGAACGUGACGUGAUUACACUAAUUUAAAAUAAAACAGGAGAGCUCUUUAAAGUGUCCCAAGUCAAAGACAUCGAUCUGGACAGAUUAUCUGCUUAUCACAUUGCUGUUUGUGGGAUCCUGCUGUGCACAAAAUGGCCACUAUCUUUCCCACUUUCCAAAAGUGACUGCAGUUCAAAAGUACUCUGCUGGGUGUAAAGAACUUGUGUCAUGUGCUAUGGUGUUACUUACACUGUCUCCUGAGGUUGAGUUAGGUUCCUGUCUUUAUAUUUUUGUUUUUAUGGGAUGUUGGGAUUAUGGCACAUUAUAUUCCUCUCUAGACAGUUAGGAGUCAACCACAUUGCUGUAGAUCAGGGGUGUGCUGGCUGGGCCAACAUUUCUCCCCCGUCCCUAAUUACCCCCUUGAGAAGGGGGUGUGGUGAGCUGCCUUGUGUAGACCAGAGCAGGUUCCUUCCAUUAGUGAGGAUGGGGGGAAGGGGUAGGUUUUUACAGCAAGCCGUAAUAGUCAUACUGACCACUAGAACAUAGAACAUAGGAAAGAACGAGGAGCAGGGGUAGGCCGUCCCUCAGUAAGGUCAUGGCUGAUCCUUUCGUGACCUCAGCUCCACUUCCCCGCAUUUUCACCAUGGCCCUCAAUUCCUUUAUUUUUCAAAAAAGCUAUCUACCUUAGCUUUAAAAGCGAUUACUGACGUAGAGUCAACUACUUCUCUGGGCAAGGAAUUCCAUAGAUUAACAACCCUCUGGGGUUGUUGUCACUAAGACUUGUCUAUAUCAAUUUUAAUUGGAUUUCAGUAUCACCCAAUUGCCUGGUGAGAUUGGAUGCCGCAUCCCCACUGGGUCUACAUUAAUAACCCAGUGACGAUCCCACGAUGCCACCUCCUUCCCCUGGAGUCACUGAGUUAUUGGGGUGACUCCAGGCCACAACUGAAACGACUCAGAGGCACAGUGUACAUACGACAAGUUUCAUGUUGGGAGCUCACUCCAAUUGUAAAGGAUAAGACUGACCUACACCCAGGGGUGGGGCACACAGCACUCUCACACUGCCUGUUAAAGGGAAAGAUUAUUAGCCGGUAUAAUAGAGCUGAACCCUGAAAAACCACUCAAUGAGAGUUCAAGUCCCUGACCUCAGUUAGCAAUUGGUUCAAACAAGGCUUGAGAAUUCCCAAUUCACAUUUUGUUCCAUUUACAAGCCACCUCGCCACAGCUGCCUUCUGGGUGAUGAACAAAUGGGAACAGGAGGGGACCAUUCAGUCCCAUGGGUAUACUGCACUGUUCAAUAUGAUGAUGGCUGAUCUGAUUGGAAUCUCAAAUCCACCCUGGUGCCUGCUUUUUCUACCUUUUCACUCUUGAUCUGGAGGAGCUGGUGUUGGACUAGGGCGACAAAGUUAAAACUCACACAGCACCGGGUUA